AUGAAUGGUAGUAUAAACACCCUGGAAUAUGGAAUGAAAAAAACGAUUCCUAAAAACAGUGACCUUGAGUCGAAUGAAUGUGCACUGAUCGAAUCCGAUAGCACGUUAACACACUUCAAUGUCACUCAACGUAAGUUGAAAAAUAGGCACGUGCAAUUAAUUAGCAUUUCUGGAGUUGUUGGCACUGCAUUAUUUGUCGCCAUCGGAAAAGCUCUGUAUCGUGGAGGUCCAGCAUCUUUGCUACUUGGCUUUAUAGUGUGGAGUAUACCGAUACUAUGUAUUACAGUUUCCACGGCUGAAAUGGUUUGCUACCUCCCCGUGAAUUCGCCCUGCAUCACAAUGGCGUCACGAUGCAUCAACGACUCAUUUACAAUGACUGCAGCAUGGAACUUCUGGUUUCUGGAGUGUGUGCAAAUACCAUUUGAAAUAGUCAGCGUGAAUACAAUGCUACACUACUGGCGGGAUGACUAUUCCGCAGCAAUCACUUUGACGAUACAAGUCGUAUUGUAUAUGCUGAUAAACAUAUUUACUGUUCGCUAUUACGGCGAAAUCGAGUUCUGGCUAGCUAGUUUUAAGAUCGUACUCGCGGUGGGGCUUUUUGCUUUUACAUUCCUGACAAUGGUCGGUUGUAAUCCUAUGCAUAGCGCCUAUGGCUUUCGGAAUUUCAAAGAAACCCCGUUUAAGCAGUAUUUCCCAAACGGUAGCACCACUCAGAGCAGCAGCGCAGGCUACUUACAAGGCUUCCUAGCUUGCAUUAUACAGGCAUCGUUCACGGUUGCGGGCCCAGAUUAUGUCUCAAUGAUCGCAGGUGAGACUAUUCUGCCCCGCAAAGUGCUGCCCGUUGCCUUCAAGCAGGUUUUUCUUAGGCUGACGUUCCUAUUUAUCGGCGGAUGCUUCUGCGUGGGCAUUGUAUGCAGUCCAAAUGAUCCAAACUUGACAGCCGCCAUUGACUCGGCACGCCCAGGCGCGGGAUCAUCCCCCUAUGUUAUCGCAAUGAACAACCUGGGAAUUAAGAUCCUCCCUGACAUCGUCAACGCCGCCCUGGUAUCAUCUGCCUUUUCCGCGGGAAACGCCUACACAUAUUGCUCAUCCAGAACUCUCUACGGACUAGCAGUAGAAGGUCACGCUCCAAAAAUCUUUAAGCGGUGCACAACACGUGGCGUCCCUAUCUACGCAGUAGCCACCUCCAUGUUUUGGGCACUUCUAAGUCUGCUACAACUUAAUCAAAACAGUGCUGUAGUGCUGAAUUGGCUGAUAAGCUUAAUUACAGCGUCACAGCUAAUUAAUUUCCUUUUCCUCUGUCUCAUAUAUCUGUACUUUAGAAGGGCUUAUCUAAUACAAAUGCCAUCACUUCCGGCCCUCCCUUUCAAGUCACGCGGUCAACCAUACACUACCUACGUUGCAAUGAUCUCCGUGUUUGUGCUUAUUUUCCUACAAGGAUACACAGUUUUUUACAAAUCGUUGUGGACAGUGAAAGACUUCCUUUUCAGCUACUUUAUGAUCUUUAUGGACAUCGGUAUUUUUCUGGGCUAUUACUAUAUUUGGAAAGGCGGCAAAGAUCCAGUGCCAGACCCAGAGUGUGUGGAUCUACUCUCCGGUUUGGAUGAAAUUGUAGCACAUGAGCUGCAAAUGGGCGUCAAAUUUAAUACAGCAAAUUAG